CGUCUCUCGAACCUUCAGUAUGGCUAAUGAGAGCACACCAAUCACCCUCCCCAAUUCAUCGCAAUUUGAUCUCGAAAACAGCCACGGACAAAAAUACCUAAUCCAGCUAUCCUGGCCGCUACACUGGCAAGACGGGCACCCUACAAGCCCGCUUCCAAUCAUAUACAUCGUCGACGGCAACGCGUUAUUCCUGACAGCUACAGAGACAGCCUGGCGCCGAGCGGUCUCAUCCCGCUUCGCCGGCGGCGGCCUCAUCGUCGCGAUCGGCUACCCCCAAACCGACAACCUCUUUAACUUUCAGCGGCGUAAUCUCGACCUUACGCCACCAUCCGAGCAUCCGGUGCCCGGCCAUGGCGGGGCGGAUGAGUUCCUGGCCUUUAUCACCGACAUUGUCCGGCCCGCGGUGAAGGCCCGAUUCCCGCACCUCACGUGCUCGCGGGAAGCCCUGUACGGUCACUCGUACGGGGGACUGCUGGCGCUGCAUGCUCUGUUUACGCGGUCGGACUCUUUCGAUUGCUAUAUCGCGAGUAGUCCGUCGAUAUGGUGGAAUGGUCGGUGCAUUCUGGAGGAGGCCCGGUCGUUUCUGGGCAGGCAGCGAGCCUCUGGUCGCGACCGGUUGCCAUCUUUGAUGGCCUUCGUUGGUUCCUUUGAGCAGAACCCACCGCAAUGGAGUGAUGAGACGCAGGAGCAGUACAAGGAACGCAAGAGGAUCGCAGCAGACUUGCGGAUGGGGGAUGAUGUGCUCGAGCUUUGUGAUCUGUUGCGCGAUUCUCCUCACCUGCAGAGUGUGUAUGUACAGGAGUAUGAGGGUGAGGAGCAUACAAGCGUGAUGGCCUGCUCGAUGAGUCGGGGUCUGACCAUGUUUUUCGAGGACGGCCACUAG